AUGGCAUCCCUCACUUCCGACCCGUAUCUAAUCCCAGCCAUGAAAGCCCCGCCAGGCCUUCAUUCCAACCUGAUCGAUCCACCCUCGACAGGCUACUCGACCAUCAUCAUCUGCAUUCUGGUCAUCGUUCUCUCAACUCCUUUCGUCGUACUGCGUAUAUACACCCGGAAGUUCAUCACUCGCCAGCUGUGGUGGGAUGAUUGGUGCUGCGUCCUGGGUUGGAUGUUCGAAAUCGCACUCACUGGUCUCCUCUUCAAAGCAGUCAGCUAUGGCGGUGGUACUGAUCUGUGGAACGUGUCCAAGUCAAAGUAUAUGCAUUUUACUAAACUCUUCCACGACAUCGAAAUCAUCGCCCGAAUAGGGAUGUUCUUUACCAAAGCUUCCAUCGUCCUCCUCUAUCAACGCUUAUUCCUCCCCCCUGGUACGGGGCGCUCGCAUAUCUGGUGGAGCAUCUGGUUCGUCUUUUACUGGAACCUUCUCUACGCGCUCGCCCUCGUCCUAACCGUUGCGACCGAAUGCGUUGGCAAGGCCGACAAGGUUGCAAGGGGAGACCAAUGCCUUGAUGAAUACGCCGUACUUAUCUGCGCUAGCGUCAUCAACGUUGUGAGCGAUCUUAUGAUUCUGGUUAUUCCGAUCGCCGCGAUCUGGGGACUGCAUAUGGCCAAGGAGAAGAAACUUAGGUUGAGCGCGGUUUUUGCUGUAGGGUCGCUAGGUGUCCUAGCCAGCGUCGCCCGCUUAGGCUACCAAAUCCCCGAAGCCAAGAAACCGAAUCAGACUAUCAUUGUCAUGAUCUUAACCGAGUUGAACAUCGUCGAACACAUGGUUGGCCUCAUAGUCUCCUCCAUGCCCAGCCUUCCAGCCUUCUUUCGUCACCUCCACGGCGCCGCCCCCUCUACAUCAACCUGGUUCGAACCUUUGAGCCAACGAGAAAGCAAACGGUCGUCGGAGAGAAGUGUCCUUUGGUUUAAGAGGAGCCCGAACCCUGAUCGCGGUCGGGGCGGGGCGGGGAUGGGGCUCGACGACCCAUCUUUGCUCUAUAGUGCCAACAGCGGGCAUGGGGAUGCUGGGUAUGAGGAACUGACGGACUUGGAGGGCCAGAAGGGGACGCGGACUAAGCGAGAAGGGCUGGAGGAGUUCAUGGAGAACGUGGCUACGACGACUGUGGGGGUCGAGAAUAGAGGAGGAUGA